CGCGGCGGCGGCGGCGGGGAGCGCGUCGGAGCCUGCGCCGGGAACAUGCGGCGGGGAUGGGAGCGCGCCUAGCCCCGGGGCGGGACAGCCAGCCGCCCGCGGCGGCCUCCGCGGCCACAGAAGCCGAGCCCUGCUGCGGAGCUCCUGGCGGCCCGGCCCCCGGGCGCUGCGGCGGGGACCCUCACCAUGAACACCAUCGUCUUCAACAAGCUCGGGGGGGCCGUGCUUUUUGAGGACCGAGGCACCCCAGAGCGGGAACGUGGCAGCCGGCCGUACGGUGGCGUCCUGGACCAUCCACACACCCGCCCGGAGGUGGGCAUUCCAGAAGGCCCGCCCCUCAAGGACAACCUCAGCCUGAGACACCGGAGGACCGGGGCCCGGCAGAAUGGAGGGAAGGUGAGGCACAAGCGACAGGCCCUGCAAGACAUGGCGCGGCCGCUUAAGCAGUGGCUUUACAAGCACCGCGACAACCCGUAUCCCACGAAGACCGAAAAGAUACUCCUGGCCCUGGGCUCGCAGAUGACGCUAGUGCAGGUGUCAAAUUGGUUCGCUAACGCUAGACGUCGCCUGAAGAACACUGUUCGGCAACCAGAUUUAAGUUGGGCCCUAAGAAUAAAGUUAUACAACAAAUAUGUGCAGGGCAACGCGGAGCGGCUCAGUGUGAGCAGCGACGACUCCUGCUCGGAAGAUGGAGAAAACCCCCCAAGAAAUCACCUGAGUGACACAGGCUAUAGCGCCCCUGCCCACCACACGGCCAUCAAAGCGGAGAGCUCAGCAAGGAAGGCUGGAGAGGGGGCAGAAGCCAGGGCCUCGGAGGACUACGUGUCGCCUCCCAAGUACAAGAGCAGCUUGCUGAACCGUUACCUUAACGACUCUCUGAGCCACGUCAUGGCCGCCAGCACGGCCAUGACGGGAAGAAUGAGGCAGAGGAGCCACUCGGGGUCUUUCAGCUCCAACGAGUUUGAAGAAGAGCUGGUGUCUCCCUCGUCAUCAGAAACCGAAGGCAACUUUGUGUACCGCACAGACACCCUGGACACGGGAUCUAGUAAAGGUGCCAGUGCAGCUCACGGACGGGGGCCGAGCAAGGACGAGACGUACUGGAAGGAGAUCAACGCAGCCAUGGCCUUAACCAACCUCGCCCAGGGGAAGGACGAAGUGCUUGGGACCACCAGCUGCAUCAUCCAGAAGUCUUCCCACAUAGCAGAAGUAAAGACAGUCAAGCUGCCGCUGGCCCAGCGCUUCUAGAGCGCGGCCAGGGAGUGCUGAGCAUGUCAGAUUUUUUUUUUUUUUGUACCUAAAUCCUCAUCCUAGGAGCCAAAACAGGGGUGAAGGGACAUCCAUCUAAACCCCCUGAGAUCAGCUAUCCUAAAUAUAUCAGUUGCUUCUAUAAAAAGACAUAUAAAUUAUAAAAAAAUUCAU